AUGGAGUCGGCUUUACCUAAAGAAUUGGAUAUAAACGAGUAUGCGCCAAAGGAAUUCAUCGAGAGUUAUACAGUGAAAAAACCGAUUGGAGUGCGAGUUUUAAAGCAAAAUUGCCAAAUAACCCAUGUCUUGCCUGAAUCAACGCUUAUUGGGAAGGCGUUCGUUGGUGACGUCAUUGUUGCUAUUGGAGAUAAAUCGAUAGCGAAUGGCGACGAAUUAUACAAGUUAUUGCAAGACAAAGAAGAGACAGUAUGUGUCAAAAUUCGUCACAGCUCAUGGUCGUGGUGUUUUCAUGUUCGAACGACCGUCGAGAAAAUUCAAAUUGAUCGCGACACGGAGAAAAUCAGUGCAAAACCCAUCAAUUUAUACUAUGUGAUGAUAAAAAUGACGAAAACGACAGAAGUGGCAUACACGAAUUUCGGAUUAUUUGUGCAAUACGACAAUCGAGAUCGACUACAAAUAGCUUCUGUGGCUCCGAAUAGUAUGUCUGCUGUUCAUUUAAGGCCGGGCGAUGUAAUCAGAGAAUGCAAUAAUCAGCCACUUUGUAGUAAAGCAAUUCUGGCAUUUUUGAUUGCAAGCAGCAUUGCCAAUAAUGAGCAUGUAACAUUGCUUAUCGAAUCGCCUAUUGGAGAUAUAAAUCGGGAUCAUAUUGAAAUUAGCGAGGAUGUUGUGAAAAUAGCCGAAAAAGAGAUUGAAGCUCUGAAGAGCAAAGCGCCGAAACCGGUGUCUGGCUCAGCGCUUCUCCCUAAAACCAAAGGGAAGACUGCAAAACGAGCGGCGAUUUCAAACAAAACCGCGCAGGAGAUUCAAAUUGUCACUGAUAUGGAUCCUUCUCGCUUAAAACCGUAGCCAAAAACCCCACCUGCUGGUGCUGACGCACCGAAAACCACUGGAGCAACUCCAGGCUCUGCUCCAGCCCGCAUUGGUGGGGCUACUUCGGGGAGUGGAACUCAAUCAAAUAGUAAAAUUGUGAAACCCUCGGCUGAGGAUGGAAAUUAUGAAGAACUGGCGGUGCCGCAAUAA